GCCUCUUUACAUCACAAUCGCUGGACAGCAGCACUAUGGCUGCCGCCGCUGACUGGCCCCAAAACAGCGUCACAGAUCACAUUUCCAUACUUUAUUCUAUGUUCAGGAGGUAACCAUAAAAGAUAAAAAAAAUAAAUGUGUGUCAUGUUUUGAAAAUCGGCUACUUGCCUUUUUACUUAAAGAAUGGCUAUGUAUUGGGCCCCCCUUGCUUAGGAACCACUGACCCCGAGUCCCCCAAAAAGCUUGGGCCGGCCCUGCACGUGGCUUGUUUUCACAACACUGAGCAGCCCCUCGCGGUAAACCGACUCCUGUCCGCCACAUUCAGUACCCUCUUCCUCCGCCUGCGAGUCUGCUGGAGGUGCUAUGAAGAAUAAACACCACCAACAGGUGAAGACAGAAGCUCAGGACGGACUCGACAUGUCGGGCUUCGAGGUGACUCUCCAGCAACUCAACGAUCUGUUGACGGACGACAGCGGCUUUUACAGCUGGCCGACCAAACACCUCCACGAGGUUUACCCGAGGAUCUAUGUGGGCAAUGCGUUUGUAGCAACAAACGUGUUGCGUCUGAAACGCUUGGGGAUCACACACAUCCUGAAUGCUGCCGAGGGAAACUCCUUCAUGCACGUUAACACCAACGCUGAGUCAUACACUGGCACAGGUAUCAUCUACCAUGGCGUCGCAGCCAGCGACACGGACCACUUCGACAUCAGUGUUUACUUUGAGGAGGCUGCAGACUUCAUUGAAAAGGCCAUGGCUUACAAAAAUGGAAAAGGUAAAGUGUAUGUUCACUGCAGGGAAGGCUACAGCCGGUCGCCUACUUUAGUCAUAGCCUACUUGAUGCUCCGCCAGAACAUGGACGUUCACACCGCUCUGGCCAUGGUGCGUCAGAAACGAGAGAUCGGACCAAACGACGGCUUCCUGCGGCAGCUCUGUCGGUUGAACCAGAGGCUGGCUGCCGAGGGAAAGUUCUGGGACAAAUGAGGCAGGCCAGGACCAAAGAGGGAUAAAUCGAUAGAUAGACUGUUAGGGAGAAGAAGAGUAUGUGUUUACUACACAUCACUUUCACUCGUUCUACAGUUUUAAGAAGCCACAGAUCUGUGAGGGAAAGUUCUGGAAAUGAGAGUGUGUUCUCUGUUAUACAAAGGCUGACAGCUUUUAGUGUAAGAGCAACUUACAACAACCUAUACACAAACUCUUUACAUGUAUUUACAUCAUUUUAAUUGUGCUUCAACACAAGUGACACUGGUGAUGUGCUGCUCAUACAAUGUAACGUGUAAAUCCAGGUGCACAACAUUCACAACAACUGUACUCUCAUUCAUGUUCUAUUUAUAGGCAUAGUCUUAAUAUCCUGAAUAGUUUAAUGUGUUUCCUGAAGUGCACUAUUCCAGAGAACAAUAUCAAAGUACAUUAACUUGCAUUUAAAAGCACUCAUUGUGGGAAGAAGUGAAAAAAAGAUGGUGGAAGUAACAUGAUACUGACUACUGCCUUCUUUCCAUCCUAUACAUCUCAUUGGUCCUGGCCUCCCUCCUGCAAACACUGCCAAAUCUCUCAGUCUCAGCCAGAUAUCAAGUGGACACUGUGAUUUUUCAUACUGAUUCAGAUUUUCAGGAUAACAGAAGAAAACAUGGGACAAUGUUUUGUCCAGUAUGCCUGGUGUAUUUGAGGAAACCGCCAAAUCUUGUACCUGUAUUGCAUUUAUGUCUAGAAGCCUGCCUCAGUCGAAAUUGGGGCGCUGUCAUGGUGCUCUGAUCUACAUUAUUGUAUUUCAAACACUGCCAGACUGCGAGGUACGCUUGCCACUGACUCGUCACACCUAUUGCAUUCACAUUUGUGUGUGUUUGUCAGAGUACAUGAGUUUUUAACGUGUUGUUGUUGUAUUUUGCCACACCAACGUAGUUAUGUAUAAUAUUGAACGCAGCAGUUUGCAUUAUUGUGUGUAUCGUUCAUCACUCUGUGCAUUAUCAGGCCUUUAGCUUGUGAAUCAUCCUGUGCAUUGCUGAGUAGGGUGUGCUGUGAUUGGUCAUGUCAGUAUAGGCUUUCAUUGAGUCUCAGAUUUCCAGACUGCUUAUGUAAAGUGCACUUUAUCUAAUGACACUUGUGAUUGUUGUCGCUCUUUUUCAUAUAUUCAGUAAUAAACUGGAAAUUAUAGCGA